AUGCGUCAAGCUUUACUACAAGUCCAUCCAUUACGACAGGAUGCUCUACAAUGCCACACAGAAACUAAUCAGCAUCUAACUGCAGAAGAAAACAACUGCGGUUACAUCCCCCCGACUCAACCAACUUCCUCCCAACCCGCACCCCCCACUUUAUGCUCGCCUCGAACUCCCAGGCCAUGGCGCUUGUCAAUACUAAACGCUGUGGUCAUGCCACUCUUUGCAUUAACCAAGCCGGUUUCUGCCACUCCAAUCAUCAGACGUGCUGCUGCGUCGCAAGAUCCUGACGCAACUUCCAUUGUCAGCAAUUUUCAAGACCUGAGUGCAAUUCUAUCCCUUCUCGCUGCUGAUACAGUCGAAGACAAACUCUGCGAUCCUAGCUCUAACGAUCUGGAGCGGAUGUCGGCCACCUGGUCUCUCUUUGGCAUUUUAGGUGUCGUUCGUGCAUUCAGCAAGAUUGCUGUGGGCCUGGCUGGCGCCGAGGCCGCGGGUAUUCAGCUUUCUGGUUCCGGCGUCUACACAAGCAAGAGGACGAAGAGCGCUCUCAGCCGUUGGGUUGUUGGCAUCCCAAAUCCCACGCCGCUGUGGCAAGACGACCAAAACCGAAUCCUGGGAGAAGUCGACGCCAUUGGGGCUCCUUGGAUACGACCCCACAUCGUUGUGAUGGGUUACUCGCGAUGUCCUUUUCGCACAAGAGCUCGUCGCGUUAUCUUCGAUCGCGCAGUUUGUAUCUUUCUAACGGGUGUUAUCACUGCUGUUCCCAUCAUAAUUUUGAGGAGUGCACACGGGAACAAUCUCUUGAACAAUAUGGCACUGGGAGUACUGGUAGGCAGCACUUUAAUGUGUUGCGGUUUGAGUCUGGUGAUCCAGGCUCGAAACGACGUUGGUGUCAACCACCUCCGUGAUGUUUCAGUGGAGCAACGAUUCAAGGAUGUAUCAGCGUUGCGGACUGGAGACACCGUCGUCACAGUUAAAGGUCAACACCCUAGUGCGAUGAUCCUCUGGCAAGAGGAUCUUGUGGCAGUCAGGAGUGCUGACAGAUUAGACAUUCGGAUUAUGUCUGCAGCUGCCGCUCUUGCCCUUCUCGCUGGCUAUAUCGUCAACUACCUCGUCUUAGGUUCCACAAAUAGCCCUCGAGCCUAUAUAUGGCUUGGGGUCCAGAUAGCAAUACUCUUUUUGAGAUACUGUCUGUGGGCAACCAGACCCCAGCUCUUGCACCAGCGACAAGAAUGUGUUCUCUACUUCACAGUAGGCUCCCUCGUGGAUCCUAUCGAUCUUGACCACCCCGAUAAAGAUUCAGGAGCUACGUUGUCAAGGGAUGUUGUUCAUUUUGCUGUAGCAUCUGCUGGAAGCAAAGUACUCAACGAUGGUGGAGACGUCCUCAAACUGAACUUAGACGUCCUCGAUCUCCUUUCCCACUCGGCUCCCAGGGAUAUCCUCCUUGCCAACUAUUGCGAUUUAGAUCAGCUGGUAAACCCCGAGAAAGAAAGGGUGAUUCGUGCGAUCAGGCUGCCGUGGUCAGUUAUGGAGGAGCUAUAUGCAGCGCAGGGUUUGAUUCUCGGAAAAAACCCUUGGGCCUUAGGUGGCCUUUAUCUAUCCGCCGUAUUUGAUAUCAGUCCUAAAGGAACACAUACUUUCCUCGGCUUGACGACGAUUCACCCUCGCAGAAACAAAACGAACGAAGCGCUCUCGCAGGAUGGCCUUUCUCGCUUGGCACCACCCGACGUGGUAGGAUUUACAUAUGAAUGUUAUGGUAUAACAGGCAGUCUAGUAGACGGUACCGUCUCUUUGAAGGUUGGGGAUGUUAAUGGUUACGCGGAUUGGCACACGAAAUUUCGGGAGAACGUUGCGACUUGUCGAUCUUCUGCAGUUUCCAAUGGGCCCGGUCAUUGCGAGGUGCAUGUGAGGUAUCUGGGGGAAGAGUCGAGGAAAGGAAAGAGGAUGACGAGGAUAGAUCCCAGCAUGAAAGACGUCUUCACCUCCGCACGCGAUAUCGUCAAUCAUGAGAAGGAGAAAGAUCACUCGGUUUGCCAGGACGAUUGUAUUAUAUUUGGAUUCUGA